UUGGAGGAGUUUUGACAGAUUUUUUACUGUUUUUGAAUAAAAAAAAAAAUCAUAAUAUGGGUGAAUGUAGUUUUACAAUUAAAGAAGAGGUACAUAUUGGGUAUGAGGAUGUGAAGUUGGAAGAAAAAUUAGGGGUUUUUGACGUUUCUGAACAAUUCAUAGGUGAAAAAGAGGUUCAUGAAACAGAAAAAUAUACAAUCAAGAGAGAAGAAAGUUCCUCAAACUGCUUGGUUACAGAAGAUGAUGCUUUCAAUUUUAAAGAUCAUGAGAAAGAUCCCAUAAAUUCUGUUCAUUUCAAUAUUGAGGAUAACAACUGCCACAAAUAUGAACAUGUAAUCAAGAAAGAAGAAAGUCCCUCAAACUGCCUAGUUACAGAAGAUGAUGCUUCCAUUUUUGAAGAUCACAAGAAAGAUCUCAUAAAUUCUGUUGAUUUGGAUAUUGAGGAUCACAACUGCCACAAAUAUGAAUAUGUAACAACAAAAGAAGAAAGUCCCUUAAACCGCCUUGUUACAGAAAAUGAUACUUCUAUUUUUGAAGGACACAAGAAAGAUCCCAUAAAUUCUGUUGAUUUGAAUAUUGGGGAUCACAACUCUGAAAAUGCAUCAAGAGAGAAAUGUAAACUUGAUGCAUACUCGAAAUAUGUUCAUCAAGAAAUGAAGUCUCACCAGUGUCAUUUAUGUGACUUUGUCUCGAGUAGAAAAAGUAAUCUUAAGAGUCAUAUCAAGUCUCUUCACUUGAAAAUAAAGAAUCACAAAUGUCAUAUGUGUGAAUUUGCAGCGAGUGAGAAGCAUAAACUUGAAUUACAUGUGAAAUCUGUUCAUUUAAAAAUUAAGGAUCAAAAGUGUCACUUAUGUGACUUUGUCACAAGUGGAAAAAGCAGACUUCAGAUUCAUAUCAAGUCUAUUCAUUUGAAAAUAAAGAAUCACAAGUGCCACAUGUGCGAGUAUGCAUCGAGUGAAAAAGGUAAAGUUGAUGCACAUGUGAAAUCUGUCCAUUUGAAAAUUAAGGAUCAAAAGUGUCACUUGUGUGAUUUUGUCACGAGUGAAAAAAGUAGACUUCAGAUUCAUAUAAAGUCUAUUCAUUUGAAAAUAAAAAAUCACAAGUGCCACAUGUGCGAAUAUGCAUCGAGUGAGAAACGUAAACUUGAUGCACACGUGAAAUCGGUCCAUUUGAAAAUUAAGGAUCACAAGUGCCACUUAUGCGACUUUGCCACAAUUGAAAAGAGCAAACUUCAAGAUCACAUCAAUUACGUUCAUUUGAAAAUAAAGAAUCACGCUUGCUUAAUGUGCGACUAUGCAUCGAGUGAGAAAAACAAACUUGAUAUACACGUAAAAUCGGUACAUUUGAAAAUCAGGCAGCAUAAGUGCCAUCUAUGUGAUUAUGUUGCAAGUAGAAAACAAACCCUUCAAAUUCAUAUCAAAGCUAUUCAUUCUGGAAUUGAAAAUCGCUAGUGUUCAAUGUGAAGAUGUGCAUAUGGAGUGAGAAAUGUAAAUUGGACCUACAUGUUAAAUUUGUUUGUUUGAAAAGAUACAGAAAAGAGUCAUCUACGUGAUUGAUAUUUGAAAUCAUGUAAAUUCUGUUCCUUCAUUGUGAAUUCAAUGACUGGGUGAAUAUUUUGAUCUCUGUGCAAUAUUUAUUUAUCUAAAUUUAUUUUUACCUUCUCAUUGUAAUCAAAGAAUAUAGAGUUAUCCUUACUCUAUAAUCUUUGAUUGUAAUGUAACACAAGUACUACUUGUGUAAAUAUACUACAAAUGGAAAAAUCUUUAAAAUGAAAGAAAAAAAGUGUUAUUAUAUAUGAGUAUGUUGCUUGUAGAAAAAAUGGCCUUGAAAACUCUGUUAACUAUGUUCAUUUAAUAUGCAUCAUGUGGAAAAUGUGAACUUGAUGUAUGUGAAAAUUUGUUGAUUUGACAAUUAAAUAUUUUAAUUACCUAGAGGUGAAAUUAUUGUUCUGAAAUGUAUUAUCAAAGAGUUAAUCCUGCUUUUAACACUAUGUUUUUGUAUUUACAAAUCAAGAGAAGAUUCUCCGUUAUUGUCUGAUGAAAGGAGAUCGAGGAUCCGAAAUAUAGACAAUUAUUCAAUUCAUACUCACCAUGAUAUAUAUUUGUUACACAUUAUCAUUUAAAAAAAAAUUUGUUUGAUAGUU